AUGGAAGAAAAAGCUGAAACACUUAAAACAAUUUUUCAAAACAAAUCAAUUGAUGAUCAACAUUAUCAACAUUUAUGGCUUGAAACUUUUGAUUAUCGACAAAAUUUUAUUAAGCAAAACAUAACUACAGAUCUUAUGGAACAGUUUCCUGUUUAUUCAAAUUCAUCUAUGAUAUUGACAGAUGUUAAACUAUUAACAGGUGUAAAUUUGGAUUAUUCUGUUAAAGAAAAAAUGAAUUUGCUUUCUAAUGAAAUUUGUUCUAAUAAUAAAUUUUUAACAGAUAUGGAAAAAAGUUUGCAGUAUACUAAACAGUCAUUUUGUUUAUUAGAUGAUCCAAUUGUUCGUUAUUUUAAAAGAGAACAUAACGUGUAUAAUGCAGUUCAAAUGAGAACAUUAUUUGAAUCAACACCAUUUGAACCAACACCGUUUGAACCAACAUCAUUUGAACAACGACCAACGCGUAAAUGUAAAUCAGAUGAAAAACUUGAUUUUGAGCUUUUAUCUCAGGAGACUGAUUCAUCAAAACAAAAAACAACUCGAAAUAUCCGUCCAAAACGACGUCGACAAUAA